AUGCCUAUCGGUAACGGUGCUUUAGCUGCUAAUGUAAUCGUUGACAAUAAGAAUGCUUCUAACCCUAUCAUAGCGCUGCUGAUAUCGGAUCAGAGAUCCUGGAAUGAGGCGGGGGAGUUCAUCAAAGUUGGAAAGGUCACUCUAGAGCUCACCCCCAACCCGUGGGUGACGGCCGACACUACCUCGAUUAAGCAG